GGUUAGAAACAUGCACACAUUUGACUUUUAUUGCUUUAUUAAUGCAGCUACAGUGCAAAAUUAGUGUCAAAAUACACGCGUCAAACAAAAUGAUCAUAGCUUAACUAAAAAGUGUCAAAAUAGGUAUGCUAAUGUUACAACAAUACGUGUGCAAUCAUGGCAAGCAACAAAUUCCAGAUCGUGGUACAGGGAGAGGCAUCUGAGACGGACUCAGAUGAUGAAGUGUACAUGACCUCUGCUCCUCCUGUCCAUGCUUCAUCAUCCUCAUCAUCAGGGCUGAAGGUGGCAGGAGAGGCGUCCGAGACCGACAGCGAGGACGAAGAGGACAGAGCUCGCAGACUGGCUUCAGAAAGCCAUCAACAGAUGCUCCGCAAAGAUUUGCCUCCUCUCAUCGUGAUCAGAAACACACCUGCGUCUCCGUCCAGACAGGAGGACAAAUCGUCGCCUGUGUCCAGACCUGAUUCAGGUAGGUUUAACACACUACUCCAGCAGAAACUGCAGGAGAGCAAUGCGCGAUUGUGCACGGACGUCAAUCAAAGCCUGAAACAGGUGUAUCAGAACGCAGCACGGGACAUAAGACAGGCCACUGCUCACCUCAACAACUCUCAGACAGGCAUUAUUAACGCGUCCCACAGCAUCAGGCUCAUACUGGAGGACCUGAAGUCAGUGUCUGAGAAGAUCGACAUCAUUACCAGCUGUCAUCUGCUGCCGGACAUCACCAUGCCAAAUACACUGCCUGAACAAUCCCAAUCAAGUGCUUAGGAGCAUGAUGAGAUGGCUGCAUGCAUGGUAUAUAAAACGACAAAUUCUGUGAAAUAUUAUUGCUAAAUAUGGUCCUGCUGUUGGCCUGUUGAAGGCCCAAUAUUAGCAGCAGCUUGGACACAUUUUUAUGAUUUUUUUGUUUGCUACAUAUCAACAGUAUUUGACCAACAUGGUCAUUAUUAUCAUUUAUUAUCAAUUAAUAACAUGAAAAUUUGAUUGGAGUGAUUAGUUGAAUGAACUGGGGAAAUAGAGACUUCUGUAAGUGUAAAAAAAAAAAAAAAGUAAACUUGUCCAAUGUGUAAAAUAAAUUUCCUAAUUUAUUUUCUUUUUAACAUACAUGUUGAAAUUUAGAUUAAUCUGUAAAAUAUAGUGUAUAUUGUCACCACUUUUGU